CCCGUUGUGCCUCCGCCGCUGGUGUUAAGGUUCGGGAACUCGCAGCCGGAGCGAGGAAAGAAGUGGGAGCCGUGGUUGGCUCGUCGUCUGCGGUUGGGAAGAGCGGUCUCGCUGCCCCCGCCAGAUUUGUUCAUCUUGAUGCUUGUGGAUAAUUGUUUGCUUGAGAGCAGGCCCAUGUCAGAAUCUUCUUAUAUUUCCAAGGACUUACCUUAACAAGGAAGGGGAUUGGUGAUUCUUCACAGAUCCUGGAAUUUAACAACUGGCUCCUGGAAUUAUCAUCCUAUAUAGUGAUGGUGGUUGUAUGGUCCCAUUUUCUACUUUUUAUCUGGAUGCAGUUUGUGUAGUUUUCAAAUUAGAGUUGAGAAAUGUUUUGGAAUGAGAGCAUGUUUGAAAUUUUGGAAACAUGUCAUGGGCACACUCACUAAAUGCCAUGUUUGGGGUUUCUUGUUACAAAAGGACUGUCAUGUUUUAUGUGAUAACUCAGAAAACAUCUUUUUACCCAAAGGCACUGGGUGAGAUGGCUUUGCAUCACCUUCAAUAAUAUUUUGCCUAUUGGACCUGUUUACGGCCCAAAGGCAUUCUUGUAAAUAAAGAUAAUGCCAGCUUCCCUUUUUCAUUAAAGAAGUCUGUGAAAAAGCAAAAAUCCAGGUGGGGCAGGAAAUCUGAUGGGUGUCAAGGGAGAUGUCUAUAAGCACUGUGUUCCCUAAUCCUGUUAUAAAUCUUUACUCUUUUACAAUAAGUUUAUUAAAAUAAAUUAAACUGUCCAGUCACUUGCUCCUGCUACUAGAAGGAUUGUAAUUAUUUAGUAUUUCUGAAUGGGACUGGAGAAAAAGGUGAAAUUGAGAGCAUCAGGUUUAGGAAGAAGUGAGGAUCAGGCUGUCCCUAUACUUAUUUCUGUUCCACAGCUGACAUACUGUACAUUGAGUCAUGGAGUUCCAAGUGUGUUACCACUGUGCUCACAAGUACCUUCCUUGGCAAUCUCUUUUUACCCUACCCUACCCUCUAAAGAAAGACAUCUAAAAAGUAUAAUUCCGAGGGCCAGCGUCAUUUUUAUUUCCAAACAUGUCUAUGGGCCCCAGUGCCUUAGAAAAUAAAAAUGGAGGAUGGUUUGAGCCCGGUAUUGUGCUUAGAAGUAUACCAACUUGCUCAGGAAAACUCAAAACAAGCUGGGAUGAUGGAGAAUGUCCUGUAGGUUUGGAAGGCUGUGUUCUGAUAAAUUAGUGCUUUGAGACUUAUUAGGUCCCUAACGGCUGCUACUUUGGUAUUGGGCAGCUCCCAUGGCAGCAUUUUGCAACCAUCCUCAUGACACACUCUCAAAAUUCUAAAUGUAUCCUUAAAAGUUGGGGGCUUGUGAUUUAGCUAAUUAUGAUACAUCAGUGCCUAGAAACAAACACUUAAAAACAUGAUUUAAAGUCAUCUUUCAUUAAUCUUAAAUUACUAACAGUAACAUAAAUCACCUCUGUUUCAUACAUAUGUAAAACAGAUAACUGAAAUCUCUAAAGAUGAAUAUACUCCUUUGCAUCCUCCCACAGAAAUCAGUAAGCAAGUAAUGCUUGCUUUUUCUUCUUAAGAUGUUUAUUCCACCUUUUAUUUCAAAAUAAAUGUGAACUGAGUUUCACUUGAUAGAAGUGGUCAAAUUGAGAACUGAUAGAUUGGGUGAAUCUGUAUCUAACUUUUCAUAGAUUUUAUGUAAAAAUUAUUUGUGUCUCACUUAUUGGUGAACUGAUCUGAACUUUUUGAUACCUGUACGAAUAUAUUGAAAUGCCAAUAUGAAAAUAGCACUGCGGAAUUCGGGGAAGUAUGUAAAAUAAAGGAUAACUGUGUUAUUGAUCUUAUUUAGAGAAAGAAGGGAUUUUGCUCCCAACCUUAAUCUAGGACAAAGUAUAUGUGGUUUGAAUUCAGAUUUCUUUCUAUGAGCAAAUACGUCCCCAUGUCCCUCUUUUUUUUACUGCGCUCCCUCUCCGAAAUAUUGGGAUUUUUGGAAAUGAUUUAGAAUGUGACUUGGCAAAUAGAAGGAAAAAUGUCAGAAAUGACCUCCUUUAUUCUGUACAUGGAGAAAUAAUCUUAGGAUCCAAGUAUGUAUGUGUGUAUACAGGCAUAAUGCUGUCUUAAAGUUGCCAGCAUAAAAAAAGUGUUUGAUAUGUAUUUCUGAAUAUCCAACCAAAUUAGUUCACCAUCUAUUUGUAUGUAAUUCCAAGAUGGAUGGCAGUCCAAUAAUUCAGGGUUUUGGAUUUUCGUUUUGUUUUUUUAGAUCUUCAUAUGAUGAUUUUUUUAUCAUGGCAAAUGACACUUUGGAAGGUUUUCAUGAAGUGAAUCUAGCUUCCCCCACUACUCCAGAUCUUUUAGGAGUGCAUGAAUCUAAAACUUCUGAAGAACCUACCUCACCCACCAUUAUUUACCGGCUUCAUCCCUCAGCAGUGUCCUCCCUACCUAUUCAGCCAAGCACCCUGAAUGUGACUGAUCUUCCUACACAACCUGUCUACUCAUCUGCUAGGCACCUAAAUUGUGCAGAAACACCAGGUAUCAGUAUCAAUGUUACGGAAACUGUACCCUGUUCUACCUCAGGAACAUAUGGUGGGUUAUCCAAACAUGAUAAUUCCAGGAAGGACAACUGUAGUGCAGAGAGAGAAUUUUUGCAGGGCGCAACAGUAACAGAUUUUUCUGAAGGAAGAGAUGACAUUUUUGGGCUCAGCACAGAUAGUCUCUCUCGGCUGCGAAGUCCAUCAGUAUUGGAAGUGAGAGAGAAAGGGUACGAGAGACUGAAAGAGGAACUUGCUAAAGCUCAAAGGGUACAAUUACCAAGCCAGGAACUGAAACUAAAAGAUGAAGAAUGUGAGAGGCUUUCCAAAGUACGUGAUCAACUUGGCCAGGAACUGGAAGAACUCACUGCUAGCCUGUUUGAGGAAGCUCAUAAAAUGGUGAGAGAAGCUAAUAUAAAACAGGCCACAGCAGAAAAACAGUUGAAAGAAGCACAAGGAAAAAUUGACGUACUUCAGGCUGAAGUAGCAGCUCUGAAAGCGUUAGUGCUAUCUACUUCUCCAACCUCACCAACAAAGGAACUUCAGUCUAGUGGAAAAACGGCCUUCAAAAAAGGCCACGCAAGGAACAAGAGUACAAGUAGCGCAAUGGGUGUCAAUAACCAGGAACUCACCAUGAUGCAGCCAAUUGCAAAGGACUGCAAAGAGGCUGAUGUAUCUCUAUACAAUGAAUUCAGAUCCUGGAAGGAUGAUCCUACCAUGGACAGAACAUGCCCUUUUCUCAAUAAAAUCUAUCAGGAAGAUAUCUUUCCAUGUUUAACCUUCUCAAAAAGUGAGCUGGCAUCUGCUGUCCUGGAAGCUGUAGAAAACAAUACAUUAAGUAUCGAGCCUGUUGGUCUGCAGCCUGUUCGAUUUGUAAAAGCUUCUGCAGUUGAAUGUGGAGGACCCAAGAUCAGGAGUUCCACUCAUCUCAUUUUCUGAUUUCCCACAUGGCCCUCCCAUUGCAUCAGAAGCUUGCUUCAAAUAGUGUUUCAAGUGGCACUUCUUAUCACUAGGUAACUAGAGAUGAGCAUCAAACUACCUCUGUACGGACAUAUGGCUAGCAUUACGGCUGAGUUAAUACAUUAUACUAUACUGUAAACCAUUGCAAACCAGCAUGGUUGGGUUCAAAGGAGAUGCUAAGCCAGAACAAACUAAGUGUUAUAUGUGGAGGAGUCUAAGUCAUGAAUGGUUGAGCUCCUCUUAGAAGAAAAACUUUUUAAAAAGAACUUGGUAGCUGCACUGCAAAACCCCAAAUGGGCAAUUCUGUCUGGAGUUGUAAAUUUUACCUGUGUGGUUUUAACUGCUUUACAAAAUGUUGAACAAACUUUGUAUAGUUCAUAUUGAAAAAACCACAUUGCUUUUAUGAAGCAGAUCUCAUGAAUCCUUCCAGCUGCUCCUGACUUAGAAUUAUAACUGAAAGCCUAUUCCACAGUCAACAGCUCUACCAGCUAUUCUUAGCUUUGUUAAGUGUUGGAGAAAUAUGAUUUCUGGGAGGCAGGUUCUCUCUUAAGGAAUUUAAAAGAACUUGUUUUUUUUUCCUUAAUAAAAAAGCUGAAGUCAAAACAGCACAGACACUAUAAUUUACAAUGAUUUCUGUCAGCAAUGGUGUAAAAACAGAUGACAGGCUCUUUGGUAAACAACUAUACCAUAAUUCAGUAUUCAUGUAAAUUAAAUCGUAACCCAUCUUUUAAAACUCUUCCAUUCUGUUGACAGGAAAUGUGCUCUAAGUGGACAAAGUAAACCUUGCAGACAUAGAAUCAAGCUGGGGGAUUCAGGAAACUAUUAUUACAUUUCUCCUUUCUGUAGG